AUGUUUCGUAUACUAAUUUUGUCUAUUGUAUUCUUUGCCAUUGCUAAUGGUAAUUUGAAAGAUGAUAUUAAAGAUAAAGCAUCAGCAGCAUUAAAUCAAGGUGAAAAAUUAAAAGAUAAAGUCGUCGAUGGAGUUAAUGAAGGUGUUGCGAAUGCUAAAGCUUUCGCUCAAUCAGCUUCUGAUACUAUCAAUGAAAAUGUUGAUACAUUAAAAGAUAAAGCUGCUGAAACACUUGCAUCUGGUCAAAAAGUUGCUGAAGAUGCUAAAGCAACAGCAAGUAAAAAACUUGAUGAAGCUAAAGCUGCUGGUGAAAAUCUUCGAAAAAAAGCAAGUGAAAGUAUUGACGAUUUAGAAGAUGCAGCUAGUGAUGCUGCUAAAUCAGCAAAGAAAACAGUUGAAAAUGUGGCUGGUGAUGCUGCUAAAUCAGCGAAGAAAGCAGCUGAAAAUGUUGCUGACCAAGCAUCAAAACAAGGUGAAAAAAUAAAACAACAAGCAAGUAAUACAGGUGAAAAAUUAAAGCGACAAGCUAGUGAUGCUGGUGAUAAAGUUAAAACAGCAGCACAAGAUGCAAAAAAACAAAGUGAAGGUCUUCUUAAUACAGUCUAUAAUGUUCUUACCGAUAUUAAAAAUUCAAUUUUUGAAACUAUUGGAUUAGCAUCUAAACAUACAGCUGAUUUAGCAGAUCAAGCUAAAGAAAAAGUUGAAGAACUUUCUGGUAAAGCACAAAAAACUGCUAAACAAGUGAAAAAAGAUGCUAAAGAUACACUUGACCUAUAA